GACUUGAACGAAUUUUCCAAUUUUUUCCUAUAUCUAAUUUAGAAUUUUCUACGAUAUACAAAAAGUAUAGUUGUUUCGUGUAUUGUUGUGGUUCAAACCACCUGGUCUGAAUCAUUAACUUGUAAACCUCGAAAAAAAACUUGUGAUAAGAUACAUAUUAUCGGUUCUAGUCUUGGUAUAUAAUCGAGGUGUUUGGUAUUUGAUAAUUUUUUCACCUAGACUUUCUCGUCAGUUGAAGACUUUAAACUAUUUCAUUUUAUUGUGUUUUCGCGGUGAAAAAGUUGAAAAAAUGAGCAUAAUAGUUGAAGUGAAACAGGGUAAACUCGAAGGAAAAGAGAAUACUUCGGCGUUAAGUGGGAAGAAAUUUUGUACUUUUUCUGGUAUACCGUAUGCUAAACCACCUGUUGGCGAUUUACGAUUUCGGCCUCCCGAACCAGCAGAGAAAUGGGAAGGUAUAUUCGACGCGACUUGCGAAAAAGAUAUCUGCAUUCAAAGGGAUGAAAUUCUAGGGGGUGUUAUAAGCGGAUCCGAAGAUUGUCUUUAUCUCAACGUAAAUACUCCUGAGGAUCCUAAUGCGAUUGAAACUCCCAAAGCUGUCAUGGUAUAUAUUCAUGGAGGCGGCUACGUUUGGGGAUCUGGUUCAGAAUUGUGGCAUUCGGCUGAUUAUUUGGUUGAGCAAGAUGUCAUCGUUGUUACAUUGAAUUACAGAUUACAUGUGCUGGGAUUUCUAAAUCUAGACAUACCAGAAUGUCCUGGUAACGUUGCCUUGAAAGAUCAAGUCUUGGCUUUGAAAUGGGUCAAAGAAAACAUCACACAGUUCGGAGGAGAUGCUAAUAACAUAACUGUUUUCGGUACAAGUGCUGGCGCGUGUUCAGUUCAUUUUCUUAUGUUAUCUCCUCACACCAAAGGAUUAUUCGACAAAGCGAUCCUACAAAGUGGUUCUGCAAUGGUAGCCUGUACGUUUUCAUACAACCACCAAUCAUUAGCUAAAGAACUGGGCGAAAAACUCGAUUUUCCCGGAGGAAGUGUGCACGAAUUACUGGAUUUCCUGAAAAAACAGGAUGCCUCCGAAUUGACUCGAGCUUGUGAUUCAAUGAGACUUGAAUUCUUACGUAAAUACCCAGGCAGGGCUGGGGCAGGGCUGUUUGUUCCUUCAGUCGAAACUGUCAAAGAUGGUGCAUUGCUGCCUGACAUUCCUGAAAAUCUUCUAGAAAAUGUGCAUCCUAUACCAGUCAUUUGUGGCGCCACGAAUAAGGAAGGGAUUUUGUUUACCAGAUUGACCUCGCCAGAUACGGUGGCUAAAUUAAAAGCUGAUUUUUCCAUCAUUUUGAGUAAUAAUUUCAAAAUUGAUCCGGCCCUUGUUCCCGACUUAAGCGAUAAAAUCAAGAAAUAUUAUUUCGGUGAAAAGGAAGUAGACUUGGGUGAAGAAUUAUUUGAUCUUUAUACGGAUUUACUUUGCUAUCGAUUUCACGAAAGUAUCGAAAAUUUAUCGAAAUCAUCGACUCCUCCCUAUAUCUAUGAGUUUUGUUACGAUGGAAAUUUAAACUUGUUUAAGAAAUUCCUGGCAGGUGGAAUUUAUCCAGAACCAAAAGGAGCCUGUCAUGCUGACGACCUUCCUUACAUUUUUUCAAUGAAAAUAUUACCACAUUCACCACCCUUGAUUGGCAAUGACCGCAAAGUAAUCAAGAACAUGACUUCUUUAUGGGCGAAUUUCGCCAAAACUGGAACCCCUAAACAAGAUCUUUGGGAACCGUCCACUUACAGCGAACCUCGUUACUUGAGAAUCGAUCGCGAGUUGACCCUGGUCGAUGGAAAAGUCUAUGGAAAACGAUUGGAAUUUUUGAAGGAUUUAUUGGAUCCGGUGAUCGAGUCUUAUAGGAUAUUAUAAUCGUGUCACACAUUAUUGUGUUACUCAUAAAGUUUAAAAUAAACCGAAACAUCAUCUCUCGACGUGUUUAAUCAGCGUAAUUUUACUUCUCGAAUCAUUUGUAACCUGAUUAUUUUUGCAUGUGUAUCUGCCCAAAGUACACAGAUCACAUACGUCGACGUGCUUGGUGACUAAUAAAAUUCAUAUUCGUCA